AUGCUCAACCUAGCACAAACCAAAUCAGAACCAGACGAAUUCGAUGAACUCCUGGAACGCACUAGUUUGCGAUGGACCUUGAGAGUCGGCGCGUGGCUGAAGAGAUUCAUUCAUAACUGCAAACAUAAAGACAAGAAACUUGGGCCUCUACUAACUGAAGAAAUAGAAGAUGUACGUAGAUGGUGGAUUAAGCGAGUCCAACGGCGAGACAGAGAAACCACGGGUUACCCUCAGAUUAGCGGUCAACUUAACCUGAAACCCAAUGCAGAGGGAGUGAUGACAUGCCACGGCCGGAUACAGGGGCAAACUCUGAUAUACCUACCCAACCGUGAAAAGUUUACAGAAAAACUGGUCCAACAAGUUCAUUGCGAGACACUGCAUGGGGGAGUCGCGCUGACAAUGGCAGCAGUAAGAGAGAGGUACUGGGUACCGAAACUUCGAAGUUUGGUCAAGUCGGUCCGAAGCAAGUGCUAUGGUUGUAAGAGAUUCAAUGCAACUCCAGCAAGAAACCCAAUUCCUGGUCAGUUACCGGAAGAUCGGACCACAGUCGGCGCGGCAUUUGAAAUCAUCGGCACAGAUUUCGCUGGAUCAGUGAAGUACAAACAGGGAAAGAAAAGUCAAGGAAACUCCUAUCUGGCUAUCUUCACUUGCAGCCUUUCAAGGGCUAUACACCUAGAGUUAAUGGCCAGCCUGGAGACAGACAACUUCAUUACUUGUCUCAAGCGUUUCAUCGCUCGUCGCAGACGACCACGGGUCAUCUACUCAGAUAAUGGCGGUACCUUCAUCGAAGCCGAAAAAUGGCUACGGCAGUUACGGUAA